AUGACCAAGAUGAACGGUACCAACAUCCCAAACAUGACGGAGCAAGAAAAUCUAUCGGUAGAUGAGAUUUUUAACGAAAAUCUAAUUGUUAAACGAAAGAAAACAAAUUUUGAAGAUAACAUAUCUAUUGAGAGUGUUAUUAAUAAUACUUAUGAACCUACAAAUAUAAAAUUUAAUAACAAUAACGAUUUAAAGUUAGCAGAUAAAACAAUUGAAAUUAAUGAUAAAAGGAAGACCGCUAAAAUAAAUAGUAAUGAAAACAAUUUAACCAAUAAUAGAAUUUCUAUGGAAACUCACAAUGACUUAACUAAAACUAUAAGAUUAGAGUUAAGACAUGCAAACAAAUGUACGAUUGAAUACAAAACAAAUAAUAGAGAACUCAAUGAUAAAAAUGCAAGAAAUGAAAUGAGUACAGUACUCGGUCUGGAAAACGGAGAGCUUCAUGAAUAUUCUUUAAAACAUAAUAAUGAUUUAAGAUUGGAAGCCGAUGAUAAGAAUAUAAAUAAUGAUGUGCAAGUUCAAAGCGACAGUAGUGAAUUUGUUAAUGGAAACAACACACACGACGAUAAAUCGGGUUUACGGGGCAGUGUUGCUUAUGCAAUGGUUUUCCUUUAUGACUCGUCUCGCAAUCUCAAAAAUGCAUACGGGCGAUGCAUCAAUGGACAAAAACCAACGAAGACAGGUGAUGUAACCGCACGCGACUCGCCAUUUUGA